AGCCCGCAGACUUCCUCGGCAAGUUGUACAUAGUGGUCGCGCCUCUCAGGUGUGACUCGCGUCCAUCUAAGAUGUUUCCGGCGGUCUUAAGUCUGCUGCUGCUGGUCCUGACGACGUCUUGUUGUCCCCCGGCUGCCGUGGCGUGUCCGCAAGACUGCGACUGUACGGCGGGUUCGGACCGGGGGACGGUGGUGGUGUGUCGGGGACCUGCCGUCACAACGGUCCCGGCGAACAUCACCAACGGCACCGUCACACUGGAGUUCCACCAGACGGCCAUCCCCCGCCUGCCGACAGGAGGGUUCCCUGCCGCGGCGCUGAGCCGGCUCACCAGGAUAAAGUUCCAAGAAGACACUUCGUUAUCCCAGAUCGAGCCAGGGGCCUUUGACGGCCUCCCCAACCUGCAGUACAUUGAGUUCCGGAGAGUCAGCAGCCUGCAUACCCUGAGAAACUUUACAGGAAACAUCCCUGCGCUGAAGAAGCUGUCCCUCGUGAGCUGCGGACUGAUAUCCAUUCCAGACUUCAGCCGCUUGACGUCUGCCGAGCUAACCGUGGAAAUCGAUCUAGAGUGGAAUCAGAUCACGUCGGUCCCUACCGGAGCCUUCAGCAGCUUACCCCAUAACAUCCACACCGUAGACCUGGAGUUUACCCAGAUCCGAAGCGUGGAGUCCCGAGCGUUCUCCGGCAGCAACAUCUAUAACCUAUACCUGCAGAACAACAUCCAGCUGACGUCUCUCGCUGACGACGCCUUUGAGGGAAUUAGAGAGCUGACUCGCCUCGACUUGUCUGGCACGAGGAUCACCAAGUUACCCACCCUAGGGCUGCGGGCCCUGACGGUCCUGACGGUCAAGGACACGCCAACUCUCAAGGACUUUCCCGCCAUCACCAACUUCUACCUGCUACAGGAGGCGACCCUGACGUACGCUGCGCACUGCUGCGCCUUCAAGUACCAGAGAGCAGAGCUGCAGCAGUUCGGCACACAGGCGGGUACCGUGGCAGCGUGCGUCACCACAGCCACACCGGCACCACCUCAGGGAAUCGGUGAGGUGCUCCCCGGGAGGAAACGAAGGCGUGUAGGCGAGUCAUCUCGAGCCGCCACGUUCAACCCACUCUGGUCUGCCGCCCCGUACUCAGGUCGUGGCGGGUCGCCAAUGAGGACAGGUGGGGAGCGUGUGACUUUUCCUCAGGGAACUACACAUACAGAGAGGAUUCGGACAACAAGAGACGCUGACAGCGGUUUAGCAGGGCCAACCAGCCGCCAAACAAGCACAGAAUCUGUACAUACUCAACAGACCUCAGACGGGGGAGGGUGGCCAGGAGGGGGAGGGUGGCCCGGGGAUGGGGGUUGGCCAGGAGGGGGUUGGCCAGGAGGGGGUUGGGUGUCUCCCAUACCGCCUAUAGACCAAAAUGUAACGGGGGUGAGCUGCGGGGACGUGGUGGACCUGCAGGAGGACUUCACGUGCCGGCCCGAACCCGACGACUUCAACCCGUGCGAGGACAUCACCGGCUACGUCUGGCUGAGAGUCAUCAUCUGGUUCGUGUCUCUCCCCGCCGUCUUCGGCAACCUGCUAGUCGUGUUGGUGCUGCUGCUCACCAAGACCAAGAUGAACGUCGCCAAGUUUCUCAUCUGCAACCUGGCCUUUGCGGACUUCUGCCUGGGGUUCUACCUGCUGAUGCUAGCGGCUGCAGACCUCUACAGCUCCCAUAGCUAUUACACAUGGGCCAUCGUGUGGCAGACAGGCGGGGGAUGCCAGGUGGCCGGGUUCCUGACGAUGUUCGGCAGCGUCCUGUCCAUCUUCACGCUUACCUUCAUCACGGUGGAGCGCUGGUACGCCAUCACAGCCAUCCACCUGGACAAGAGAGUCACCAUGCGCGUUGCAAUUCGGGGUUGGGUGUUAGGGUGGAUCAUAGCCAUCGUCAUGGGAUUCCUGCCACUGGUGGGGGUCAGCAGCUACUCCUGGACCAGCAUCUGCCUGCCGAUGGACACGACAAACGCCGUUAACUUGGGCUACGUCGCCACGAUCAUGAUCGUCAGUGUGCUGGCCUUCGGCCUUAUCUGUGGCUGUUACAUCGGGAUGUACUGUUCUGUGAGACACACGGAUGGGGCCUACGGCAUAGAGGCCAAAAAGAAUGACGCUAAGGUGGCCAAACGGAUGGCUAUUCUCGUCUUCACUGACUUCGCCUGUUGGUUUCCCAUCGGCCUGUUUGGCAUCACCGCUGCUUUCGGGCACCCUCUCAUCGAUGUCACGAAUUCUAAGAUCCUCCUCGUCAUUUUCUACCCGAUCAACUCGUGCGCUAACCCGUUCCUGUACGCCAUCUUCACGAAGACGUUUCAUCGAGACUUGGUGACGACUCUGGCGCGGUUCGGGUUCUGUCAGACAAAGGCCAUGCAGUAUCGCGGCACCAUGUACUCCAACACCGCGUCUGUCGCAGGACGCCACAGCCAGACCAUGAGUUCGGUGCAUAAGGUCUCGACAAAGUGCAACCAUUCUCACGCGUCCUUGAAGAGCCAGUGUGCGAGCUGCUCCACUCCGAAGUCAACACGGGCCUUGGCCAAAACGUCCAUACCCAUGACAUCUCUCUUCAAAAGCCCAAGUGGCAAGAGCACUCAAGCUGUAGAAAUAAACCACUCCGCCAUAGUUAAUGGUACCUCGAAAAACGUCAACCCUGACAGUAACCAGACAAAAGACACGAAUGACAAAGAAAAAGCUGCCAGCAGGAAAAAAUUGAGUAUUGUAAAUGAAACGUCCGAAGGGACGUCAACAGCCGAAGACUUGACUGUGGGGAAAGAACCGAAAGAACCGCCCUCGGUACUGUCACGAGAAUCCCGAGAAAAGACAGACUCUUCAGACACAGAGUCGGAAGGGUGUAGCAGUAGAAGUAGUUCUAGAGAAAGCAUUCCAGAGAAACCUCCACCUAUCUCUGUGAAUGGUGACGAGACCAUAACAGUAUCUCUCCCAAAAACAUGGAUAUAAUUUGAUAACGGUAUACGAAAAACUUCAUAUACAGUCAUUCCUGUACAAGACCAAGAACUUGCCGAUGAAAUACAGUCAACCGGGUUGCUUUGAAGAAGGAAAGUCAUUCGAAAAGUUAUAUUAGUAUCUUGGUGGCUAUCCCAGUGCGCAAAUGACACGAGCUUCUUUUUAUUAUGUAAUGUAUUCUGGUCUCUUUAUUUCUGUCAUAGACUCAUAGCUAAUAUCUUUGUCUUUAAAAUUUCUGUUGCCACAAUCCACAUUCAAAGUACACGUAACCCGUGUUUGUUGAAAGGCAUAACAGGAUUAAUUUCAGGCGUACUUAAAGAAUUCUUGAGACUGCAAAUUAUCAAAGACUCGGGCCGGAACAUCAAGAUUGGUUCGUUAACGGUCUCGCAGCAUGGCAGGACGUCAUUACCAACUGGGAACUGUUGGAAACUUCACAAACCCAACCGGACAGCCAGGUUUGCACCUUGACGUGU